CUCUCUCUCUGCCCACCCCUCCCCCAAAUGAAUAUUUAAAAUAUUUUUUUAAAAUGCUGAGAACUUGUGCUGGGUUGGGCACUCCUUGAACACCCCAAGGUGAGACCGUGAAGUCCAGGUAAUUCGCUGUGGCUCACUCCUUCCUUUUCGCCCUCCCGCACCAUUUAUUUAUCUUUCGACCACAUUUCAUUCAACUGUGUACGUGGUGGAUCCGGGAGCUGCCACCUUGUGGCUUCGAAGCAUUAGUGCACUUGUGAGGGCACGGGAACCCUGGACAGUCUUCUCUGCAAUCAGAUGCUCACAAGGAAAGGGAACAGACACCUUCUAGUUCUGACUCACGGGGGACGUGUGGCAGGCGAAGCCCAGCGUCUCUCAACCCAAAUGAGAGAAGGGAUGCCUUAUGGGAAACUGGCAUCUUGCUCAGUUAUUUUUAAAUGUUUGAGGAUGCUGAAAAUGUGGCUGUUUCUAAUACAGUAAAAUACCCAUUUCUUUCAACUGAAAACAAAUGUGAAAGUAGAAUCCAUCAUAAGCAUUCCCCAGCCCCUCCCCAGAUACCUGGAGGUCAGCACACUGUCUUUCCGGCUCUAUAUUAUCUCCCUCAGCAUUAUUCCAGCAAAGGGGUGCCCAGCUUGCAACUUCUGUUUCUCCCCCAAAUGUUCCACAUGGUUUAGCUUACCCGGUCUAGAAAUUCUGAAUUAGGGAUUCUAACGUAAGCAAAAUUUCAGUAGAACAAACGGAAUAAAAAUACCCACUUUGAAAAUAAGCAUGAAGUCGUAAAUUCGAUAAUUAUUAUUCUGUUUCUGUUUAUGCACGGGAGGUAUUUACAGACCUUCAAAUUGCAUUUGUUACUGUGUUUAAUAAUAAGCUACUAAUUUGGAUUAAGGUAACAAACUACUCACUGUAUAAUGCUCAGCAGCAUCUCACAGAACCAUGAAUGGGCGGGAAGAAAGGCUACCUUCUCCACUCGCUAAAGAACGGUUCGCUAUUUUAAAGGUGUUGGGGUACCAAGCUACUAGUACCCACAGUACUAGUGAUCGGGUGAACGGAGCUCCGAGUUCAUCUAAAACUCAAUCAUUGCAACCUGAAGUGCGGAUUGGGUAGAACCCUUGCCUGCGCUUUUUUUCUGGUAGUUUAGUGCAAAACCCCCCAGGUUGGCACAGAGCCCCUGCCCGCAGGGCGCCUCUCUUUAUCUCUUCCUCCUCCAAUCCUAAAGUCACAGAGUCAGCUAAGCCUAGCAGAGACUUCGGUAGAAAAGGUCCGCACGCCGCGGAGCCCGGAGACACGAUUGGGAUAAAUGAAGAUGGUUGGUGCUUCGGAAAGUGGACGGUGUCUGCGUUUUUCUCCCCACCUCACAAGGUUAUUCUUUCUUGGAGUCCCUUGGCACUGCUUCUGUUUCAAAGCACAGGCGCUGUAGGAAACGGUCGUUGAAAUAUCCUGCUUCAGAAAGAGGUCACGGGACAUUCCAUUUGGGACUAAAGUCAAACAAACCAACCACAGGUGCCGGUGUCAUGUUCCUCGAGCUGAUCUAAUCCCCGGGGGUCGGGCCCCAGCCGGCCUUCUGUGCCCGUGACCCAGCAGGCAACUAUGUGUGUGAGGCAGGGCAGUUUUAUUCCCCUCCACUCCCUUCCCGGGAACUGGACUGUCAUCAUGAGGUUAAAGCUUAAGGCUCAGCCCAGCCGCUCGCCGUGAUAAAUAGAGGAGGAGCGAGAGGAGAUGAGGGUUUCUGGGACAAAGUGCCCCCAGAGCGGUCGGAGGACCAGGCUGAGGAGGAAGUGAUCGGGGAUCAGAGGCUCGGGGGGGGACCUGCGGUCGCCUGCGUGCACCCCCACUCGGACAUGGGCUCCGGGACCCGCCCCUCGCUGCCACUUCUUCCAGUGCUGCUGCUGGUUCUGCUGCUGCAGGUCAACAGCGUCGACAGCUUCCGACAAGAAAAUGAUGAUCUCCCUCAGCAAACAAAGGGAGAGAGCCACCGGCCCCUACGGCGAUCCAAGAGGAGAUGGGUUAUUACCACCCUGGAACUGGAGGAGGAAGAUCCAGGCCCCUUUCCCAAACUUGUUGGUGAGCUGUUCAAUGAUAUGUCUCAGAACAUGUCAUUAAUGUAUUUGAUCCGUGGUCCCGGUGUGGAUGAGUAUCCAGAGAUUGGGCUGUUCUCUAUAGAAGAUCACAAGAACGGACAAGUGUACGUUCACCGCCCCGUGGAUCGAGAGACAACGCCAUCUUUCACGGUUUACUUUGAUGUUCUGGAUCGCCUAUCAGGAAGAGUCAUGGACAGUUCCCUGAUUUUCAACAUUAGGAUCGGUGAUGUGAACGAUCACGCACCCCAGUUCCCUCAGAAGGAAUUUAACAUCAGCGUGAAGGAGAACCACGCUGCAGGUCAACCUAUUUUCCGGAUGUUAACAGUUGAUUUGGAUCAAGAAAAUACUCCAAAUUCUGAAGUCCUUUAUUUCCUUAUUUCUCAAACGCCAAUACUGAAAGAAAGUGGCUUCCAUAUCGACCGUAUCAGUGGAGAAAUACAACUCUCAGGAUGCUUAGAUUAUGAGACGGCUCCUCGGUUUACACUGCUAGUCAGUGCGAGGGAUUUUGGAGAACCACCACUGUCAUCCACGGCCACGGUUCACAUCAACGUGGAAGAAGGCAACAACCACAUGCCCACGUUUACCCAGGAGAACUAUAAGAUUCAGAUUUCUGAAGGCCGCGCCAGCUGGGGCGUGUUGCGUCUCCUGGUCCAAGAUGCUGACUUACCAUUUACCUCAGCUUGGAGGGUAAAGUUUAACAUAUCGCAAGGCGACGAAGAAGGACGUUUUGACAUUCUGACUGACCCCGAGACCAAUGAAGGCAUUUUAAAUGUUAUCAAGCCCUUGGAUUAUGAAACUCACCCCGUGUGGCGCCUUGUCAUCACGGUGGAGAACGAGGAGACCCUCUUCUCCUGUGAGGGGGGCCGGCUCCGGGAGCCCAGGAAGGCAGCGGCGAGCGCCACUGUGAGCGUGCAGGUGACCGACGUCAACGACCCCCCGGCCUUUCACCCCAGGAGCUUUGUCGUCAGUGAAGUCGAUGGCGCCGGGCCUGGAAUUCAAUUGGGAAUAUUUAACGCUACAGAUCCGGACAGAGCCGCCGGCCGGAUAAGGUAUAAACUGGUUCGUGACCCGGCAAGUUGGGUCACAGUAGAUGAACUCUCAGGAACAGUCACCACCAGGAAGCAAAUUGACCGAGAAUCUCCUUACGUAAAUGAUAGCUUUUACAUAAUCAUUGCUCACGCUAUUGACGAUGGCCUCCCACCGCAGACCGGGACGGGGACCCUGAUGCUUUUCCUGUCCGACAUCAAUGACAACGCCCCCGCUCUCCAUCCGCAUUCUCGAUACAUGGAGGUCUGUGAGUCUGCGGCGAACGAGACGCUCCUCCUGGAAGCGGAGGAUGGAGAUCUGGAGCCCUUCGCAGACCCGUUCACGUUUGAAUUGGACAAGUUGUGGGGAAAUGCAGAAGACACAUGGAAAUUGGGGGAAAGUCGGGGUCGGUCAGUUGAACUUUGGAUGUUGAGAAGCCUCCCGCCUGGGAAUUACUCAGUGCCACUUUUCAUCAGAGACAAACAGGGACUUUCCCGGAAGCAGACUGUCCACGUGAGGGUCUGUUCCUGCCCUGAUGGAGUCACAUGUGCGGAGCCGUCGGUCACAGGAGCUGGGCUCCUCGUGGGGGCCCUGGUCCCUCCCUUUGCAGCGUUCGUGGCUCUAGCAGUGGCUCUGCUGUUCCUGCUGCGGUGCUAUCGUGGCUCCGAAGCCACGGGGCACGGACGGCCUGUCCCACGUGACCAAGGCCAGCAGACGCUGAUCAUGUAUAACGAUGAGAGCAAAGCCAUCUCGACCCAGGGAAGGCCAGAUGUCAGGGAUCAGAUGUCAGUCCGGUUGCUAAACACAGCGGGGGCGGAGGCCGAGCUCGGUGCUCAGGAUGCACACGACGUGCUCGCACCUGCGUCAAGAACAGCAGAGCAGGAAUACUUUGUCUUGGGGACUUCAGUGCAUCACAGAAGCUCACCGCCUGUUGCGGGUUGUGACAUGCCUUUUGAGCCAAGAGGCACGAGGAACAAAUAUUCUACUCCCGUGUACCGGGAUGCCGUGGUGCCCAGACGAUGCCCGGAAGCGAGCGCGGGGACGAUGGCGGAGACCCUGAGCCAGAAGCUCUGUGGCGUUGACGCCCUAGCAGGUGACACUGGUCACCGGCCUCACAUCUACGCGGAGGAGGGAGAGUGCGAAGGAGCGGAAAGCCUCAGUUCUCUUGCCUGCUCGGAACCGGACUCGGGCUUCAAAGGCUGCUCCGCUUGAAGAAAUGUAUGCUGAGUCUGGUGGUCCUGCCUAAAAUAGCCCAUUGUGGACAACUGGGAUAGUUCGUGGAGGGUGUGCAAGGGAGUUCACCUGCUAUGCUAGUCAAGGGACUUUUCUUCUCCCCAACCCUCCUCCUAGUCCUCAACUAAGGGUAAACUGUGAGGCUGGAUUCUGAUAUUUUCAGACCAGGCGUCUUGAGCCAAAGCAAAACAACAGGUUAUGCUUUUUUAUAAAUGUGACUUGUCAGAUUUUUUUUUUUUUUAAGAGAGGCUCCCUCCUUCUGUUAACAGCCCAGCUCUGAGGGGAAAUGAAACGAUAAUUUAUAGAUUAGCCAGCAAUUUUGUGACAACAGGUUAAUACUGGGGGAAAAUGUAAACUAGAUAGUUUUUAGUGAUUAUUUAUUUCUAUAAGUAUGAUUCUGCUUCAGUUUAAGUAAAAAAAGUAGAUAAAUAGGGAAAUGUUUUUGGAAUAUUUGUGAGCAGUAUUUUUAGUGAUGGUCAAAAAACAAAUACUGGUUCCUUUGCACUUCUUGAGUAAAGAAAUAUGUUAUCGUAAGACAAAGGAUUAUGGUUAUCACUUUAUAAGCUGUACAUACUUUAAAGCAUGAAUAGGUAUAAUUUAACUUGUAUUUAUUACAUAUGAAAGAAUUUACAUACAUAUGUAACAGAAUUUAGUAGCCAUGGAACGAAUACAUUCCAAUUAGAUUUUAUCUUUAAGCAAAACUCAAACUUGGGACACGUGGGUGCCUCAUUCGGUUGAGUGCCUGACUCUGAUUUUGGCUCAGGUCAUGAUCCCAGAGUCGUGGGAUCGAGCUCCGAGUUGGGCUUUGUGCUAAGUAUGGAGCCUGCUUAAGCUUCUCUCUCCCUCUCCCU